UCGUAUUUUUCCUGUUAGUUUUAAAGUACGUUUUCCCAAAGUUAUGAUAGUUUAUUUUGUCUAGCAUAUAUAUACACAAAAAGCUUUUUGAUCUAUAACCCCACGCUGAAUAAAUGUCUUCGAGCACACAGACAAAAGCUGAAAAUAAGCUAUUGUCGAACAAGCAAAGAAGAUUUUCGAUGGGAAUGGACAAAAGAUGGACAAAUUCAGAAUAAAAUGAGUAGAAGAUGUGUGGAAACAAAUGUUGGACCAUCAAUGUUGACUUCUAAACGUGAUCUAUACAUGGGAAGAUGUGAUCAUCGAAAUCCAUAUCAGAAAUGGUUUUGUGAAUACGAUAGAAAUUCCAAGUCCUUUUAUGUCGUUCCUGAGGGUCGGGAAAAUUCACGAUGGUUUAUUCGUCCUGAGGACAAACAACUAACGGUAACAUCACAAGCUCCUCGAUUAGAACUCAGUGUUUUUGUUGACAGAAAUGGAGCAAAUCCUUGUGAUUUUGACAAAAGAGAUCCAUGUUCACAAACAGUGGCAAAAAUACCAUCAUCAGAUGCUACAUGUUUAGUCAGUGCUAAAGGAAAGAAGCAAGCUGUCCAAUCGUAUGCAGAGAUUAAGAUUUCUGGGAAAAAACCAAUCGUUAGAGAUUUUACCAUUUUCAUGUGGGUCAAAGUACGACUUUCUAAAAAUGUGGCCAGUGUUGGGUUAUUUUCAUAUUAUGUGAACAAUCGUCGUCUUCUGGGCUUGACUCAUUUUACAAGUGGUCGUAGUCGGAUUCAUUUUUUUGACCAUACCAGUGAAGUCGACACAAAUGCGAAGAAUAUUACACUAGAGCAAACUGCUUGGGUUCUUAUCUCUGUUGGUCGCUUCUCUCGAUACGAAAAAAAAUGGCUUCGAUAUUACAUAAACGAUGAACUGGUUCACAAAGCUCGUGUUUCAUAUCAUAGACUUCCUGGUACGGGGAUUUUUAGACUGGGUCAAUCCAUUGUGAGUAGUUCAAAUACGUUCAACGGACUUAUUACUCGAUUUGAAAUCGUUUUAUGGAAGACCAACUCUAUGUUAGUAAGGUCCAAAAUGAGCAAUAAGCAUUGUUGCUUUGUUGGCUAUGGAAGACCUUGGCUUGCAUGGAAAGAUGUGAUCAACACGUGGACAUUACAUGGGAACACGCGUGUGGAUCGUGGAGUCCAAUGUACAUCGUUUGAAAAGAUAACAGACAAUUGGACAGAAAUGGAAAACGCUCGUGAGACAUGUAGUAAGCCGUUCAUGGUUGCAGAUGAACGAUACUUUCCUCAAUAUCAUUUCAGCUCAUCAUCUUGGACUUCAGCUGGUAAAACGUCAUACGGACGUGCGUCUACACGAACAUCGGGUGCAUGGUGUCCAGAGAAUAAUGAUCGAAACAGUUAUUUACAGAUUGAUCUCGGACGUGUCCGAAACGUUACUGCUGCUGGUACGAUGAAAAAGAUCAGAAAUCGUCAUGCUUCAAAAAUAAAGAUCGAUCACAGUGAAAAUGGUAUUGAUUGGAAAAGCGAUGGUCAGAUAUACGACGUGACGACACGAUUGUUUCAAAAAAUGAAAAUCGUUAAGCUUGUCUUACCAGUGCGAGCGAGAUACUUGCGUUUUUAUCCAAAGAAUUGUUUGCCAGUGAAAUGCUGUCUCGCUGUUGAAGUAUAUGGUUGUGAACCAGAGUUUGAUAAAAAGAUUGUUGAGCCAGUAGAUGGAUGUACAAGAACUAAUAAACCUUACAUUCUAAUGGCGCUACCCACUCAAAGGCAUAUAACCAUGAUACAACUCACUUCAAGGCGUAACCAAAAACCAAUUAGAGAAUUCUAUAUGUACUUUGAGUCUUGGGAACAAUGGCUUCCUUAUCAAGUUAAUGGCAAAAUAAAGGUGUUCAGCGGAAACAGUGAUGUCACUAGAUCUUUCACUCAUAUUCUUCCAAUACCCUUGUUGACAAGUGCCAUCAAAAUAUAUCCCGCACCUUAUGGUGUUUCAACAUGCAGUGACAUCGAGUUUUUUGGUUGCAACAUUCCACGUAGGGAUCUCUGCACUCCAAGCGAAUUACGUCAUCUUUCAAAAAGAUUUUGUGCCAAACGGCCAAUCCCCCGAUGUAGCUUGGGUUAUUUUGGUAAUGGCCACACAUGCAAAGAUUUCAACGAAUGUGACGUCAGCACAGGUCAAUUUUGUGAUCCAAACAGCGUUUGCAAGAAUAAACAUGGAUCAUUUACAUGUGAUCCAUGUAAGAAUAGUUUCAUUGGUGAUGGACGUAUUUGUCAAACCUCGUGUGAAGCACUUGGUAUAAAAUGUGGGAAUAAUUCUUAUUGUGAUAUUGAUCAAUGUAAAUGUCAAGAAGGAUUUAUCAAAAAUGGAACACAAUGUGUCUUUGAUAUUCACUAUGGGGAAGUCAAAGAAACAAAAAUUCAACCCAAUAAAAUUGAUGGUUUAUGCCCAGAUGGUUUUUUUAAUUGUUACGGCGAUGUCAUAGGAGCUUUAAAUAAAAUGAGAAAAGCCUCCACCUCAAUGGAAAAUUUCGACUACGACGAAUGUUCGAGCAAUGGGGAUCACUAAUGGAGAUGUCAUUCUUUCAUACAGCUAGCUAAAAAUAUGAGCGCAUGGUGUGUAUUAAAAAGAAGUUGAGUUAAAAAACUUGUGAAUCUUAGAUUAAAUCGGUUUGUAUUUUACAGUAUAUUGUUCUAAUAGAAAGGCUUUGAUUGGUAUGAACAUUUCAUGGUAUUAAAAAAUGUGAAAAAGAA